GCUCCUUCCUGUUUUUCUCAAGUUCCCUCUCUGUUUUGUUUCUUGUUUGGCUAGGUUGGGCUUAGUUGGAGCUCCAGGAGAGCGUGUACUGAAGGAGGGCUGAGCAGAACAACAUAGUUGCUAGAGAGGAAGGGCUGUUUCUUUGAAAACCUUUACAGGACUUUUUAAGCAAAGUUUUGAGGGCGCCCACGAGAUUAGCCCCCAGGAGUAGCCGAAUGAUGCAAUGGGGGGUUGUUGAGUAGGGGGCAGGGAGGUGGUGAGUGUGCCUGGGAGGUGGAGGGAAGAGGGUAGGAAACACUGGGGCGCUGAAUUUAAUAUUCCUGUUAAAGAGUAAACGUCACACACAUCCUGACCGUAGGAAAGGAAAGGAGAGGGUCUUGAGGAGCAUGGAAGCACUGAGGGAGUCUUUUCUGCAUUUGACCUUUCAGAUGUCCACGUACAAGAGAGCCACUCUGAAUGAAGAUGACCUGGUAGAUUCCAACAGGGAUGAGAUCUACCCCUCUGGCAUGCAGGUGACACUGCGACAUGGUCCUGGUCCCAGGUGUUGGGCUGAGAAGACACACACUGAGCGGAGGCUGUUGGUCCUAGUGUGUGCACUGUCUGUUGCCUUGUUCUUCUCGCUCAUCACUGUCGGGAUCUUCUACAAAGAGACUCACCCUGGCAUGUGUCGGACGGAGCCAUGCGUUACUGUGGCCAGUGCUGUGAUGGGAGCCAUGGACCGCUCUGUGGAUCCCUGCCAUGACUUCUACAACUUUGCCUGUGGGGGAUGGGUGAGGAACAACCCCCUCCCUGAGGGAAAGUCCCGAUGGGGUCCCUUCAGCAACCUAUGGGAGCGCAACAUGGCCGUCAUGAAGCACCUGCUAGAGAACACCACCAUGAAGGGGCUGAGCAAGGCUGAGGAGAAGGCCCAGAGGUAUUACAAGGCCUGUAUGAAUGAGACUAAGAUCGAGGAGUUAGGGGCUCAGCCUCUACAGGAGCUCAUCAAUCAGAUGGGAGGAUGGGCCCUAACUGGCUCCUGGGACAACAACAAUUUCCAGGAGAUUCUACGCACUGUGUCAGCCAACUACCACUGCUCCCCCUUCUUCACUGUGUUUGUCAGCACAGACUCCAAGAGCUCCAACAGCAAUAUUAUCCAGGUGGAUCAAUCCGGGCUGGGGCUCCCCUCUCGCGAUUAUUACCUCAACAAAACUGCCAAUGCAAAGUAUCUGAAUGCAUACCUAGACUUCCUGGUGGAGUUAGGGGUCCUGUUGGGGGGCUCACAGGAGACGUCCAGAUCGCUGAUGCAGGAAAUUGUGGACUUUGAGACCACCCUGGCCAACAUCACCGUACCCCAGGAGGAGAGGAGGGACGAGGAGCUAAUCUACCAUAAGAUCCAGGCAAAGGAUCUGCCGACCUUGGCUCCUGCGGUGGACUGGAUGCCCUACCUCACGGAUGUGUUUGCUCCUGUUCCCCUAAAUGACUCGGAGCCUGUGGUGGUGUACGCCAAGGACUACCUCCAGAAGGUCUCUGACCUCAUUGCAAGCACUAACAAGAGUGUCCUGAACAACUACAUGAUCAUGAAGGUGGUGAGGAAGAUGGUGUCCAUCCUGGACAAGAAGUUCCAGGAUGCUGAGCAACGCUUCUUUGAAGUCAUGUACGGAACCAAGAAGAGCUGCACCCCACGCUGGAAGCUGUGCGUCAGCGACACAGACAGUGCCCUCGGCUUUGCUCUCGGGGCCCUCUUUGUCAAAGCCACCUUCGCUAAGGACAGCAAGGCCAUUGCAGAAGAUAUGGUCUCUGAGAUCAAAUGGGCAUUUGAGGACAGCCUGAAGUAUGUGGACUGGAUGGACCAGGGGACCAAAAAGGCAGCCAAAGAGAAGGCUGAUGCCAUUUACAACAUGGUUGGAUAUCCAAAAUUCAUAAUGGACCCCAAGGAGCUUGACAAAGUGUUCAAUGAUUUUGAGGUGGUGUCUGACCUGUAUUUUCAAAAUGUCAUGCAGUACUACAACUUCUCUGCCAGAGUGACUGCGGACCAGCUAAGGAAAACCCCCAACAGAGACCAGUGGAGCAUGACCCCUCCUACAGUAAAUGCAUACUAUAAUCCCACCAAGAAUGAGAUGGUGCUCCCUGCAGGAAUCCUUCAAGCUCCUUUCUAUAGCCGCUCAUGGCCAAAGGCCCUGAACUUUGGGGGGAUUGGUGUAGUUAUGGGACAUGAGUUGACACAUGCUUUUGAUGACCAAGGGAGGGAGUACGACAAGGAUGGGAACCUCCGCUCCUGGUGGAAGAACUCGUCUGUGGAGGCCUUUAAGAAGCAGACCCAGUGUAUGGUGGAGCAGUACAGUAACUACAGCAUCAACAAGGAACCCCUCAAUGGAAAACAAACCUUAGGAGAGAACAUAGCUGACAAUGGUGGCCUGAAGGCUGCCUACAAGGCUUAUGUGAACUGGAUUGCAAAGAAUGGAGAGGAGGCCACACUGCCCGCCCUGGGGAUGACUAAUCUUCAGUUAUUUUUUGUUGGAUUCGCCCAGGUAUGGUGCUCAGUUCGAACUCCGGAAAGCUCGCAUGAGGGCAUCAUCACAGAUCCACACAGUCCGUCAAGAUUUCGAGUUAUUGGCACCAUCUCCAAUUCCCAUGAGUUCUCCGAGCACUUUGGCUGCAAGGCAGAUGCCCCAAUGAACCCUAAACACAAGUGUGAGCUUUGGUGAUGCCUAGCUACACAUUGGUCGGUCUGGCAGGUGGCAAAAUGGGCACUGGGGACAUGGAGCAAAAUAGAGGCAGAGGUAAAGUCUCUAAGGAAGGAGAGUACUGGUCUCGAUACCACUGAAAAUCUUACCCACUAUACCGUUCUCAUGGUCCUUAUGAGGACUGAAGCUGGAAGUUGAGCCAGCCCCAACUCCCUCCAUAAAGAAAAUGUGUUAUAGAAAUCAGCCUCUCUUUCCCCAAUGGAACUCUGAAAAUGUGCCUUCAUGUUCACAUAAAGGAGGGACAAUUUUAACACUGGAAACCAAAGGAAUGGUUCUAAAAAGGGGAAAAUGAAUGGGAACUUCUCUCAAUCAGGUUUUAUGAAGUUGUCAUAUGCGUUAUUUUUCUACAGGGAGUGAUAUUUAUUUUUUGUUUGUAUCCAAUCAAUCCACCUCUAUAUGUUGUGUCUUCAGUUAUUGUAUAUGUUUAGACUGCAAAAUAAAAUGACAAGAGUUGCAAUUCCUGGAUUUGGACUGAGAUAUAAUCCAGAGGAAACAGUCAAUCACAUCUACAGUAUAAUACCAGUCAAAUUCCUGUCAUAACAAGUGGAUUGUAAAAGCCAUAUUUUAUUAUUGCCCAUGAUUGAGCCGGUCAAUGAGCUAUAUGUGUAGGCCUAGCUUGUUUCUGCAUCAACAAAACCUAACACUACAUCAUAUAAUUUGUUUAAAGUCUGAUUGGGUUAAUGUCUCCAGUAUAUGCAGUAGUGGCAUUGUAAGGAAGUGACCCUCACAGAAUUGCUGAAUGCCUGAUAUGAUAAGACAUAUUUGAAUAUAUUUUUUAAAUCAGAGCAUUCUGAAACUUAAGGAUGUACUGAACAAAAAUAUAAACGCAUCAUGUAAAUUGUUGGUCCCAUUUUUCACAAGCUGAAAUAAAAGAUCCCA